GUUCAUUUGAGUCGAUAUGGAGGCAGUAUAUUCUGGUUUGACGGUGGUCGGCUGGCACUUGAUGCUGGAAUCCUGGUGGGACAAGCUUUUGGCAGCUUUCCUCCUUGCGACCAUCAUCAUUGGUUCGAUAUACAUAGUAUAUCGAAUAUAUCUCUCGGUGAAGAGUUAUUGGAAAGCAAGACAACUUAAAGUGGUCGUACCAGCACCCGUCGCCCGAUACCUCGAACGUCUAAGAAGUAGCACCAAACGUCUCUCUCAACUACCCCUCUCGCUGAAGAAAGCCUCGUCUGAAGAACUAAAGUCUUUUGGGGUAUACCUCGGCAGCUUCGAUAACCCUCCCACGCUCUCUCAGGCACGUCUGCUCUCACAAUGGGACGUCCUCGUCCUCAACCCUCUGAAAGAGGGGGUGUUGGAUGCACUUGCGAUAUGUCGACCCACCUCCACACACAUACUUGGGAGACUGAAUGUGGCGACAUUGGCGAACUCAGACGCCUCCUCUCAUAGCGAGGAUGUAAUAAAGUGUUUAUUCGCCCUCUCUCAGACGAUGAUCACUCAUUUCCAGAACGGCCCACAAUCGCCAUUCACUGGCGUUGUUCUGGCCGAGUUCCAGUCACACUUCCAACCUGCGGUCUUGAACUCGGUCGCAAAAUACAUCAAUGGCCUCGGCAUAGACGUCUGGCUCGAGAUGGGGCCACCUGAGUAUCUCAGUGAGCGCGACGCUCGCGACAUCAACAUGGGGCUGAUCAGGGGAAUCAUUUGUCGCAAUGGAACUAUCCGACGCGAUGGCGACAGGCAAAACUACUUCCAAAUGACGGGGAUGCGUACAGCCCAGAGGUUAAUCGCCGCGCAAAGGGUGGUGCAUGGUCCUCCCAUGAUGAUGUGGGAGACGAUUGAUGAUAGCGCCGAACUACAAUAUGCAGUCGUGCAGCGAAGUUUCAACUGGUGCCGCUUCAACAGCACGCUAGUCUGGAUUGGGCACGAAGCUGCUCUGACCGACGCGGACUCUGCGGCCGCGCUGACGGUGGCCGAAAAGCCGCUUGGAGCGUUGAUGUGGAUGAAGCACGAUGAUAACAUGAAGGCUCACGAUGUCUGGAGGGCAAACGACCAAAUCUCCCAGACAUCAUGCGGCCACGAAGCUCUGUAUGAAUCAUUGCACGAGUUUGUUCCAGAUUUGGCUGCCAGACUGAGUUUGCUGCCCGCGCCUGAGAAGAAGCAACACCCGGGAGCCCUCGUCCAAUUUCAGCAUCCUGCUGUGAAUGACUAUGGCCAGACCAACCCCUUGACAGCAGUUCUCUCCGCUGGAGCAGACAGCUGGGAUGGAUUGGGGUGUUACCAAUUGGGCCUUGAAGUCACUCCAAAAGCAUUUUCAGAUCUCCUCCAGGGACAGCGCAAUCUCCAGGACCUGGAAUUGCUCCAACGCAUCCCAGGGGAAGAGCUCCGCAGUUAUGGUGAACAGAUCGCAGUUCUACUUAAUAAACAGACUUCAGAGUCAAUCGCUCCCGCAACGUUCCAAGCGAUCUCCGAGUUGGUAGGCUUUCUGAGGACCGGCAAUGACGACGACAGUUCUCGGAUCCAAGUGUACUCGGGAUUGCACUCCGGGUUUCAGACGGACCCCGAGACUCAAUUCUGGGGUUUCUACGACGUCGACAAUAGAUCCGGAGCUGUCACCCUCUAUCUUUCGAACAAAACUCCGGACCGCGCAGGCACAAUCCUUCACACAUUCCUGUCUAGCCGUGGACGCUCGCGGUCCGAAUGUUUCAUUGCAGAGCUUGCCAUGGCUGAGCAGAAUGAUUUUCUCUCAGAGAUGUGGCAAUUGCCUCCCCGCAUCGUGCAUGACGUGAAACAACUCUCGCCCGCAGAGACCAUCUUGUUUCUGCGGCGGCUGGUUCUAUCGACGCGUGGAGACGAUUCCGUUUUCUGGGCAAGAGUUCGCACCCUCUGCGAGUACCAACUCAUCGAAGUGCCCACACUCACGCAGCUUAGAGAGAUGAAUUCAGUUGUGUAUUUACGUGGGGAGGUCUCAGCUGAGACUGUGAUCAAUGCUCGCAUUGCCUGGCUUGGCGAACGCGGCUGUUGGAUUCCGGAUCCUUCUGCCGCAGUCGCCUUGUUCAAGGAAGUCGAUACCCGCUUGUAUGAGAUUUUGAUGAAUGGCAACAGCAAGACUCUUGCCCAGCUCAGUAUUGUCAUGCAAACCAUCAUGCAAGAGAAUCGGAUCGAUGCUGGUGCCGAUAUCUUUGCUCUGGCGGUGUUUUCUGCCUUCCGCAAACUUGCGCUUGAUGAAGUUUACCUCGAGGUCCUGGACCGCAACGUACUUCCAAACCACGCAACAGAUCAAGCCGGAUGCUUCGCAGAGCACUUUGGUCUAGGUUCGCGGUGUGAUUCUUUCUUUGACAUGACACCACGAGUUCUGGGAAGGAUUAUCUCGGACCGUUACCGAGCCUACUACAUGGAAUUCCAGCCACCACAACGAGCAGAAGGCUUCACUGAGCUCCCGACAGCAUAUGCGCCCAUGCAGGUCGACAUUGAUCCGGCAGAUGGCAAAGAAGAGAUGGCCUGGUACCACCGAAUCACUUUCCUUGGCAUUUUUGCCGUGCCUGCUCUCAUCGAUAUUAUGUUAUUGACAACCAUUGGCCGCGGCCUCUACCUGACCACUUUUAUGACUUCGGCAGAGAAGACAAUGGCUACAACAGCCCUUAUGCUGGCACUUCUUGUGUGCGGUGCCGCUGGCUCGUGGAUCAGCUCUGGUGGAAGCUAUUAUUUCUACGCCAAUGCCUUCCAAGCCAUGAACAUGUUUGUGCUGACUCGCUUCGUUGCUGGAGUUGCAUUCGCUCUGGUUGGUGGACUAGGAGCCAUGGCGGGAGUUAUGGUUGCAAAAGGCGUCACUGCUGGACUUGUCUUUGUUUUCUAUUUCGGCAUGCUCACUACUUACCUUUUGACCCUGUCGACUCUUUCAAUCUAUCAACUUCCCGGGUCCAGGUUCCAAUCUGGACGAACCGUUAUCAUGACUUGCAUACCAAUUCUAUUUAUCUCACCCGUUCUCACCUUGUGGGUUCAGCAUGACAUAAUAGUCUAUCCCUGUAUCUUGACCUUUUUCCUGGUAUCUCUCCUACUUGGAGCACGCAAAGUCCUCUCUCAGUGGAGUACCUGGUACCUCAACAUACCACAUGUCACAGACACUGAAGUUGUCAACUGGUAUAUGAAGACACGGGGAUCAAGAAGGGCAACGAACUUCUUCGAAGGAGACAUCAAAGACAUCGGAAUGUCACCGCAUCCCCGGAGAGAGCUCCAUAAUGCUGUUCUUCGUGAGCAGAAUCGCCACUUCUGGCAGAGCAAAACCACAGAUCCACUAGUUUCAAAGCUAGCUGAAGGGUAUUCUAAGACAAUAUUUCUCAUGCAAUGGUACUGCAAGCACAAGAGAUCAGCUAUGCCUUUGCCGUACAGCGCGACUUGGAAUCUUACACUGAAAGCCGGCUUGGAGAAUAUGACGAAUACACAGAAGGGUCUCAAGCUCCACAGCGCUUUCCUUCAUUGGCGUCAUACUGGUAACGACAUCUGGUCCGGUCUUCUCUAUUUCGUCGUCGCUCUGUUGGACAAGUGGGCUGCCUUGGUAUCUGGUGGUAAUCUCGUGGGUCUUUCUGCCGCAAGUAGUGCAGAGUUUCGUCUCUCAGUUGGCUUUGGGCUGUGCUACUAUCUCAUCGGUGCAGUAUCUCUCGACUCCGUAUCACAACCUCUCUGGACAGCUGCGAACCAAAAGACAAUUCAGCCCAUAACCUCUCUGAAGUUUCUCCGGCAAGCCACUAUCAAUGAUGGCGUAGCGAGACGAGCGCUGUACUGGCAAAAUCUUCUGAAAUUCUUCUUCCUGCACAUUUGGGGCAUGGCUAUCACCGGAGCGCUCAUGUGGAUAUUCGAAGACUCAAGAUCUGCAACAAUAAUGUACCUGGCAUACAUUGGCGCCUACUCCGGUCUCCUCUGGUAUCAAUACAACAAAAUCUACUGCGGUGUCAAAGCAGCCCCAAGUCUCAUAUCAGCAUCAAUUAUCGGCCUCCCAAUCGGUAUUGCUCUUCACGUCAGGCUUCCAGAGUUUGCUUACAGUGGUAUUGUCUCUUUGGCCAUUGGAACAUGGAUUGCAGGCUUCCACUCAAUGUACAUUGCCAAGAUUGGCUGGCCAAGAAUUUUCCGCCUUUUGAAGUUCAAGAAGUCAGCCUCCACAAAGGAGACAGAAUACAAGGAGGUUCGAAGUGACGAAGCCGCGGCGGUGACUUACUCGAGCAGCGCUCUUGAACCUUAUCCCGACCUUUCUCAAGCAACGUUGUCGAAGACAUUCGAGUCCAUUUGCGCUCUUCCCGCUGAUGUACGCUUCACACUCGACCCGUCGCAACACCCAGGCGAUCGAAUCAUGGAAACCUUGCUGUUUCAAAUCAACUCAAGAAAAUCGGAACAUGUCAAACAUGCCUUCCCGCAGGGAGAGGAAUUGAUCCAACGGUCUGCUGAGCUAUGGGGAAGAGGCCAAACUGUGAUCGAACUCGUCUCCGCACGCCAUGUUCCCCAACAAGGGCAGAAGAUCAGGACAAUUAGUCGGAAAAACGGUGAUCUGCUAUACAUAUUCGUGAUUCUCGGCCUCGAUCUGGUCGAAGACGAAUGGAUCCUGAAUAUCCACCGGAACUGCAGAAUUAUCGCUGAAGCUGUCGUUCAGGCCACCUCUGAAGCACAACUUGGCCUGUCACAUGACGAUUCGAUGUUGGCAGAAUUGUUGGCCGUGAUUGAUAACGGGAGCGAUGAACUCUCUGUUCCAGAAGGCAUCAAGCGCCAGCUUGAGACCUCCUCAUCUGAGCGUGCUCGGGUCAUCAGCAAUGGCGAUAAGAUCUUGCUUCGUUAUCUCCUCCUCGGCCUGGACUGCGAAAGGGAAUGGGACCAUUUGCCCAAGUCAGUCAGAUCCUACUUGCUGAGACGGUGCUGUGGACAGUCUGAUACAUUUUCUGUCGACGAAGAACGUGGGCUUCGCUCAACGAUAUUCGCAACAGAUAGUCUUGAACUAGAAGACCGUGUGGCUCGAUGCGAUCUUGGUGCCACUCUCGCAGUCUCGGUCUACCGUCUCGCCAAGGAGCUGGAAGCCACUAGAUCUUAUGAGAAAGAUGAGCAAGAGUUACAAGAUCAGAGUUAUAACGACCUUCUCAGUUCCUCCUCAACCGGUAAUGGUUCGGACCCGAGACUCUUUAGUCGCUUGUAUCGCAAUUUCAGGACGUGCAUCAAGUUCCUUGUCCUCUCUCUCACCGCAGAUCCAGAAUACCAGAGAGAGUUGGACUUCAUGCUGCGGGCGAAGCCCUUGUUUGUGCAUUGGCCUGUGACGUUUUUCUUAAACGGCAUCUGGUCAUACUGCAAAUGGCUCCAGGGAGUUAUCAUUCCAUUAGUCCUCUUUCACAAGCGCGAGAAUAUCUCGAAGCUUCACGACAAUAUGAAAGGCAUGAAGACGGUCAUCGAGAAAAAGAACAGAAUCGUCAUUGAAAGUUUGAACUGCUACUCGACGUGCUUCUUGGCCCCCCAAUCAGAUGGAAGCAUAAAACUCUCUCAAUACACCGGACGCCACGACAGCGAGCCAAGUGAAAAUACAAAGCUAAUUGCUGUCAACACCUAUACCGACAAGCUUGUUCUUCGCCAGAGAGAAGAAUUCAACGGCCAGGGUCUAGUCAACUUUUUCACCUACCAGUAUCCUCAGGGCGGCAGAAAGUCCAAGUCGAAGCUUCCGAUCCAACGUCAAUGCAUCAAUGGAGACUUCGCCGGCCAAACCGUGCAAUACGACCACCGAGGCUAUAUCACGUCGGGAUCCUUUUUCAGAGGAGUCAAUCGCGUCCAAUUCAAGUAUGAGUAUCGGAAGAAUGCCAAGUUUGAAGAUGAACUUCUCAGAGGCGAGUACGUUUUGGGCCACAUCACGAUCAAAGUUCAAUGGUGCGUGCCGCCGCGAAACCACGCCAAGAGAUUAGACGAAUGGAUUCCCUGGACCAAGGUCACACAGGCUACAUUCGCCCAGGGCAACGACGUGUAUCAUGCAAUAUGGACCUAUGAGCAUAAGUUCCAUCCCGAAAUUACAACCACACUAAAUGGCGAACCAGUGCAAACACCACCAAUGAUAGAAGAUGAUUGGUUCUAUGUCCUGCAGAAGCCAGACAACUGUGGUUUCCUGAGUAACAACCCACUCCUUUCGUUCUCCUCAGUGAGGUCCAACUUUAUCACACGAAUUCUUGGUCUCAAUGUUAAGCGCUAUCCGAUUCCAACAUCCCAUGCCAGAACUGUACUCUGGAAAUCGUGGAAGGGAGGCAAGGACCUCGAUGCUAUCACGGCAAGGUGGCUUGAUGAAGGUCUGAUGAGGUCAGAUAAAAUUCUCAACGGUUACUGGAGAAAUAGGGAUCUUGGCCUCCUCGAUGCCGCCAAAGAUUACCUUGACGCACAGGCUGAUACCAUCAUGGCCAGAACUGAUAUCGACCCAGACAUCAGCUCGUGGGUACAUAUUGCUUUCAAGAUGAGUGACUUGUACAGCUUCGGACAGGGAGGAGACUCCAGAAUCAACACGAGAACUCUCUCCAAGCAGCUUCGGGACAGCGAUGACGAACUCCACAUCCUCGCCAUGGACACGUCGACUUGGCCCAAUGAGCCUGGCGGAGUGUCUGCUUGCCGAAGAGAUAUGGUUAACGAUCUAAAAACCAUAAAGUGGCACAUAGUUGCAGAGUCCGCCAACGAUUACGGAGUACCGAGAUUCCAGAUUGAAAGAAAUGUUCAAUCGCUGACCAUUCUACCUCUUUGGGGUCUGGAUUUCAUGAAUCCAACUCACGGAAUCCUUGAAAGUUACCUCGACUCAGCUGUUGUUCAAAGGUCGUACGACACCAGAACGGCGGAUAUCAAAAUGAAUUUCCUGCCGAUUCUUACUAGUUUGGUCCAAUGCUCCCGAACAAGGAACUUCACUCGCAAGCACAUUGAAGAGGCUACAAAGGCGCUAGUGGAUCUGAAUACAUACUUCGAAUCAACACGAAAUUGGAACGAUGUCUGGAUGAGCGACAUUGUCAAGCAGACAUGGCGUGAACUCUGGUUGGCUGAAGACUUGCCAGAUUCAUUGCCGGUAUCACAAUGGUGGGACUUCGAAAAGCCAACGAUGCAACAGCUCGACCAGGCUUUAGAUAUGUGGCACAGAUAUCUCUUCAUCUUCUCGAUCCCCGUCCCAGAGAAGAUCCCGCAUGUGUUCCAAGCAUCCCAUCACUUCACCGGCGCCACGUACGGUAUCCUCUGCAAAGUCAAGCGCAACUGCACACUGCAUGUUUGGGACCACUGUAUCAGCUUCCGAGAGUUCACUACGUUCAUGUCAUCUGCGGUGUCGUUCGAUACUCCUUUCAUCAACAGUUCCUUGAUAUCCCUCGGUCAUCUGAGUUGUGUUCUCCUCGAGCACCAUGCAGAUGUCGUUCUCCCAUGUUGUGAUUACUUCAACCCCGGCUGGGAAGUCGAGCUUGGAACCGCUGAAGGCUCUCUUGAGCAUCGUCGCACCUUCGCCCGAAAGAUCGAUCCAGUCGUCAACGGAAUCUGCAACAUGGAAAAAUUUGAGCCUAUCCAGACAAUUAAGACCGACAAGCCAACUGUCGUCAUGUUAUCUCACAUCCAAUACGUCAAAGACAUCAAGAGCGCCAUCAUGGCCACAGACCUCAUCGUCAACGGGUGGGGCUUCACGGACUACGUUCUCCAUAUUUACGGAGACAUGGAGCGCGCAGCCUCUCACUCAACAGAAUGUCAAGAGCUCAUCGCCUCCAAAGGCCUCCGUGAUCACUGCGUUCUCAAAGGUCUAGGUAACGCAUCCCUCGUCCUCCAAGACGCAUGGCUCUUCCUCAACUCCUCCAUCUCCGAAGGCCUGCCCCUUGCUAUGGGUGAAGCGGCCUUGACUGGCGUCCCCGUCGUCUGCACCGACGUCGGCGCCUCCUUCUGCGUCGUCACGGACCGCGUAACAGGCGACCGCUUUUCCGAAGUCGUGCCUCCAAACGAUUCCGAGUCUCUCGCUCGCGCCCAGAUCUCCGUCCUCGCUCUGCUUGGAAAAUGGGCCGAGCAUGCAGACGAUGCACCAGGCACCGCACCACCAGUUCUCGCAUACCCGAAUCCUACGCCGGAACAAGUACAAGCCAUCACCCGCCGCAUGUAUGAGAAAACCGAGCAACGGCGUCGUCUCGGUAUGAAAGGACGCAACAAUGUGCUGAAGAACUUCUCGUCCGAGAGAUAUCUAAGGGAACACGAGCAAAUGCUCUGGAUCGGGAAGCAGCGGAGCAGGAAUUAUAAAGUAAGGGGGAGGAUGCCAAUUAGCAAUAUUCCGGAUAGUUGGAUGAGUCAGUUUUCACUGGCCAGUUUCGAGAAAGGGGAGAAAAAGAGGGGCGUUAGUGUUUACAGUAAGAGGGCGAGCUCGAGCAUGUUGAGUGUGGAGAUGGAUAGAGGGAGUUUGGCGCUGCCUCUGACGGCGGGUUCAAGGGUGGGCAAUAGUUUGAGUGUGGAGAUAGAUAGGGGGAGUUUAGCGCUGCCUCUGACGGCGGGUUCAAGGGUGUGCAGUAAUUUGAGUAUGAGUAGUACUGUUGUUUGAUAGAGGGAUACAUGUACUGUUUUGGUUAAUGUUAAUGUUAAUAGACGAAAAGUUUAGCUGCAAAGUUUUAUAGUCCAGUUAUUUUGAAGUGUGGGAAAUUCGUGAGGCCCAUUUAUUAAAAAGCUGCGACCCAAGACACACCC